GUGGUGGCGCGAAGCAGCGUAUUUUAACGAAAUUAUUUAUUUGAGAAAAUGGACCUGAACACUCUGCUGCAGCGGGCUCAGAACCUGACCAAUGAGGCGAAGGCGGAGUGCGAGCUGCCCGCCGUGGAGCGGACGCUCCAGCAGGUCCUGCAGGCCACCACGGAGCUCCACUCGCGCGUCACGCAAACCGGCGGCAAGGAGAUCCAGGCUCACAUUCUUCUUGGCUCCAAGGGCGUGGACCUGCCCAAGCUGAACCAGAAGCUGGAGGCGCUCAGUGCCCGGAAGACCUUCGAGCCCCUGGACGUUAAGGCGGACACAGAUGUGCGCACCUUCCUGAAGAACGAGCGCGAGAACGCCAUUCUCUCGGUCAUCGAGGACACCAACAAAAAUAUCAGCGACUCUGUGAGCAAGCAGAAGUGGGCCAGCAUGAACAGCGCCUGGAACGAGGAGAAGACCCGCCUGCUGGACGCCCUGAUCGCGCCCUCGCAGAACUUUAUCGACCUGCAGCGCCUGCCCGAUCCCACCCUCCUGAACCCACACUGCCAGCCACGUUCCUGCCUCGAUCCGCUGGAACUGGUGUACGCCCAAGAGUUGCGCCACUAUAACGAAUUGCUGCUAAAGGGCAGCCCCCGGCCCAAUCUCAUCCAGAAGUUCGCCCAGCUGUCCCAGAGCUUCGGCGACACCCGGCUGAUGGACAUGUGGACCUUGCUGGCCUGCGUCACCCAGAUAAGCGAGCCUCUGCACAGCGAUCCCAUCAAGAGCCGGCAGCAGAGGCCGGAGUUUGUUAACUACGCUAAAUCCUACCUGGAGCGGCGCUACCGGGUGUUCAUGUGCUCCCAAGUGGGCGGCUCCUAUGCCAGCAACAGCUAUCGGUUGGUUUUGGCCUAUGUAAGCCACCGGUUCAGUGCACAGCAGACCAUCGGCCUGGUGGACACCGUGGGCGACAGACCAUUGUGGCCGCUGGUUUACUACGGACUGCGUUGUGGAUCAGCGGAGACGGCGGUUGAGUUCCUACGCGAAGCGGGCAGCAGCCACGAGGAGUUCGCCCAGCUGGUGGCGGACCGAAAUGCGGGCGAAACGAACUCCAGGAUAGAGAAUCAACUGCGCCUGCAAUACGCCAACAAGAUACGUAACUCCACCGAUGCCUACAAGAAGGCCGUCUACUGCAUCCUCUUGGGCUGCGACGUCAACGAGGUGCACGGCGAGGUAGCCAAGACCAUAGACGACUUCCUGUGGAUCCGGCUGGCCAUGCUUCAGCCGGGCGACGCCGCCAGCUAUGGCAAACUGCAGUCGCUGAUUCUGGAGAAGUACGGCGAGAAGUACUUCAACGCCGGCCAGCAGCCGCAUCUGUACUUCGAGACCCUCGCUCUCACCGGCCAGUUCGAGGCCGCCAUCGAGUUCCUGGCCCGCCGGGAGGACACCCGCGUCCAUGCUGUGCACAUGGCCAUAGCCCUGCACGAGUUGGGUCUCCUGGGCGGGGCACGCAGUGUUUCGCAGCCCCUGCUUUCGAUUGACAUCAUGGAUCCGCAGCCCCUCAGACGCCUCAACCUAACCCGCCUGAUCCGGCAGUAUGUGCAUCGAUUUGAGCGCACGGACACCACGGAGGCUCUGCACUACUACUACACCCUGCGCUGCCUGAGGGAUCCCAAGGGGCGCAACAUGUUCAUGGCCUGCGUGUGCGAUGUAGUGGUGGACAGUGGCGUCUUUGACACCACCAUUUUCGAUCUGAUUUUCGGCCAGCGGCAGGCGAGUGACCAAGACGAGGUUAACAGUGGCCUGUUCCGCCAGUUUGACUGUCCCGAGUUUGAUACGCGCACAAUGGCCGCUCUGGUGGCCGACGAACUGACUUCGCUGGGCAACUUUGAGAUCUCAGCGCGCCUUUACGAAAUGGCCGGUAAGUAUAAUCUGGCCCUGAAGCACAUCUGCAUUCUGCUGGCCCAGGUGGUGCAGCUGCCCACGCUGGGCGGAUCGCUGAGGGAGCGCCUUGGCCAGGAGGCCCAGAGAUUCAGCCAGCUGCUGGCCAGCGACAGCAUCGAGGUGGAAACCAAAAUGAGGAGCAGCUUUGUGCUGCUGCAGGAUCUGCUCAUCUUCUUCAAUUUAUAUCACGAGGGCAAGCUAAGUGCGGCUUUGGAGCAGCUGCGGCAAACCCAGCUGAUGCCCAACACGACGGACGAUGUGGAGGUGUGCCUGGCCAACGUUAAGCGCCUGAGCGGAGAGGUGAUCAAGGUGCUGCCCGACGUCAUUGUGGCUGCCAUGGACAUCGCCCAGCGGCAGUACAAGCAGCUCAAGACGGGCAUGGGUGGCUCUCUGGAACAGAGUCAGAUGCAGCAGCUCCGGCAGCGGGCCAAAGCCCUGUCCAACAUGGCAGCCACCAUGCCCUAUCGCCUGCCCUACGACACCAACAGGCGGCUGAUUCAACUGGAGCUGGAGAUGCACUAGAAUAAAGGUACUUUAAGGCUACUUCAUUAGCAUGAAAAUGA